AUGCCUGGGGGCUUCAACCUCGAAUCGGUCCUCGCCUUAGAACCCCCCGAACUGAACGCGUUCAUCAACAAAGUCGGCUUCCACAACCUCAAGACCAAGUACAUCAAACAAACGGCCGAGAUAUUGAGAGACAAAUUCAACGGGGAAAUUCCAGAUACUAUCGAAGGGCUUGUGUCGCUACCGGGUGUCGGACCUAAGAUGGGGUACCUGACGAUGAGCGCAGCUUGGGGCAAAACCGAGGGUAUUGGUGUCGAUGUCCACGUCCACCGCAUAACCAACCUAUGGGGCUGGCACAAGACGCAGCAGCCAGAACAGACGCGUGCAGCACUGGAGUCAUGGCUACCAAAAGACAAGUGGCAUGACAUCAAUAACCUGCUGGUGGGCUUUGGGCAGACGAUAUGCCUGCCCGUGGGUAGGAAGUGCGGCGAUUGCAAGUUGGCGGAGAGAGGUCUCUGUCCUUCAGCAGUUGUAGCCAAGAGCACGAAAGUCAAGAAAGAAGCUGUUGUGAAAGUAGAAGCUCCCAAUGGCAGCGAAGAGGCGGUGGUGAAAGAAGAGCAGGUGGUGGCUGAAGUCGAUGAGAUCAAAGCUGAAGAUGUAGAAGUUGCGAUAGACAUAGAAGAUAUUGGGCAGGCGCCACGAAGGAGGCCGCAGAGAAAGAAGUAG